CGCGCCGGAACCAAUAAAGUUGUUGCGAGGCGGCAGGGCCUGGGCGGUGCGUGCCGGUGAGGUGAGGAGCCGCCCGGCCUGUGACAGGCGGAGGCCCCUAGUGCCCGCAGCCGGUGCGGUGCUCGGCGCGGAGGAGCCGCCCGGGUCGCUCCUGUAUUUCCGACAUUAAGUGUCCCCCCUUGAAAGAGGCCAAGUCACCGGGCAGCAAAAAUGCCCCCCAGUAACCAGACUCGAGUUUUGCUUCUGAACGCCAUGGAAAAGCGGGAGAAGACCCUCUUCAGGCUUGAGCAAGGUUUUGAACUGCAAUUCCGACUGGGCCCAACAUUGCAAGGCAAGCAUGUUACAGUGUACACUAAUUACCCAGCUUCUGGAGAAUUAUUCUAUCGCCGCAAGUUCAGGGCACUAUCAUGGCACAACCCAACAGGAAGAGAAGAUGAUUCUGACAAAUACUGUAAACUGGAUCUCCAGAUUUCUGGAUCAUACCAGUAUUAUUUCAGUCAUGAAAAUGAGAAAAGUGGCGGAGGUUACAUAGUUGUGGACCCUAUUUUGCGUGUUGGAGCUGAUAAUCAAGUAUUGCAUUUGGACUGUGUUACACUCCAGACAUUCCUAGCUAAGUGUCUGGGACCAUUUGAGGAAUGGGAAGAUCGUCUUAAAGUUGCAAAAGAAUCAGGUUACAACAUGAUUCAUUUUACGCCAUUGCAAAAACUUGGAUUAUCUAGAUCAUGUUACUCUCUGGCUGAUCAGUUAGAAGUAAAUCCUGACUUUUCAAGCCCAAAUAAAAAGUGUACUUGGAGCAAUAUAGGAAACCUAGUGGAAAAAAUGAAAAAUGAAUGGAAUAUGCUUUGUAUAACAGAUGUAGUCUACAAUCAUACUGCUGCUAACAGCGAAUGGAUUAGGGUGCAUCCAGAAUGUGGUUAUAAUCUUGUAAAUUCUCCCCAUCUGAAACCAGCCUGGAUAUUAGACAGGGCUCUCUGGCAUUUAAGCUGUAGUGUGGCUGAAGGGAAAUACAGAGAUAAGGGGCUGCCUCCUUCAAUUGAAAAUGACCAUCACCUGAAUUGUAUCCGUAAAAUAAUUUGGGAGGAUAUUUAUCCCAAGAUAAAACUAUGGGAAUUUUUCCAAGUAGAUGUUAACAAAGCUGUGCAGCAAUUUAAAACCCUUCUGACUCCAGGUAACAGGAAAACUAAAUCUGAUCCAAACCAACAUCUUCAAAUAAUUCAGGAUCCUGAAUAUAAGCGACUUGGCUGUACUGUAGACAUGAAUAUCGCAUUGGCAACAUUCAUACCACAUAGCAAUGGGCCAGCUGCAAUAGAAGAAUGCUGUAACUGGUUCCAAAAGAAAAUUGAAGAAUUAAAUGCUGAGCAGUUCCAGCAAACUGCCUACCAUCAAGAGCAGGCAGUCACUUGUCUUCUGGAGACUGUGGUUUAUGAGAGACUGGCUGACCAUGGUCCUAAACAGGGUUCUGUUAGUAGGAAAUACCCUUUAGUUACCAGAUACUUUACUUACCCAUUUAAAGAAAUGACCUUGGAAGAAGAAGAACUUCUGAUGCAUCAGCCUGAUAAAGCCUGUCACUUCUUGGCUCAUAACGGUUGGGUAAUGGGAGACGAUCCUCUGAGAAACUUUGCUGAACCAGGUUCAAAUGUUUACCUAAGAAGAGAACUUAUUUGCUGGGGAGAUAGUGUCAAACUGCGCUAUGGAAAUAAACCAGAAGACUGCCCUUAUCUGUGGGCACAUAUGAAAAAAUACACUGAAAUUACUGCCAAAUAUUUCCAUGGAGUACGUCUUGACAACUGUCACUCAACCCCUCUUCAUGUAGCUGAGGAGAUGCUAGCAGCAGCCAGGUCCGUCAGACCUAACCUUUAUGUGAUAGCUGAACUCUUCACGGGCAGUGAGCACAUUGACAAUGUCUUUGUCAACCGCCUGGGAAUUACCAGUCUUAUUAGAGCCUUGUAUCCUUUCCUUUUUUCUAUUCUGCCUUUUCCUUUUCUGUGGCUUCCUUGGCUGUGCUUUUUGCAGUACAUGCUGGACACAGCUAGAAAACUGCGUGCUGAUUUGUAUGUAGUGGCUGAGCUGUUCACAGGAAGUGAGGAGUUGGACAAUAUCUUUGUGACUAGAUUGGGCCUUAGCUCCUUAAUAAGAGAGGCAAUGAGUGCAUAUAACAGUCAUGAAGAGGGAAGAUUAGUUUACCGCUUUGGAGGAGAACCAGUUGGGUCUUUUGUUCAGCCGCGUUUGAGACCUUUAAUGCCAGCUAUUGCACAUGCACUGUUCAUGGAUGUUACACAUGAUAAUGAAUGUCCUAUUCAGCACCGAUCUGAGUAUGAUGCUCUUCCCAGCUCAAUGAUUGUGUCCAUGGCAUGCUGUGCUACAGGAAGCACCAAAGGCUAUGAUGAGCUAGUACCACACCAGAUUUCUGUAGUCUCUGAAGAGAGGUUUUAUGCCAAAUGGAAUCCAGCAGCAACACCCUCUACUCCUGGUGAAGUUAAUUUCCAAACUGGAAUUAUAGCAGGAAGGCUGGCCAUGAACAGGCUGCACCAAGAGCUGGGAGCCAAAGGCUUCAUUCAGGUGUUUGUGGAUCAAGUUGAUGAAGAUAUAGUAGCAGUGACUAGGCAUUGUCCUAACACACACCAGUCUGUAGUGGCUGUGUCUCGUACGGCUUUCAGAGAUCCUAAAACCUCCUCCUACAGCAAAGAAGUGCCUCAAAUGUGCAUCCCAGGCAAAAUUGAGGAGGUAGUACUUGAGGCUAGAACUAUUGAGAGAAAUGUUAGUCCUUAUAAAAAAGAUGAGCAUUUUAUCAACGGAUUACCUAAUUACACAGUGGAAAUCAGAGAACACAUCCAGAUCCAAGAAAGUAAAAUUAUAAAGCAAGCUGGAACUGCCAUAAAAGGUCCCAAUGAAUUUGUUCAAGAAAUAGAAUUUGAAAACUUAACACCAGGAAGUGUGAUAAUAUUCAGAGUUAGUCUCGACCCAAAGGCACAAGAGGCUGUCGGUGUACUCCGUAAUCACCUGAUCCAGUUCAGUCCUCACUUUAAAUCUGGAAGUCUUCCCGAUGACCGUUCAGCACCUAUAUUAAAAAAUCUUUUUUCUUCUAUUGCUUCUAAAUUAACCUUGGCUGAUUUGAAUCAAGUACUGUAUCGGUGUGAUGCUGAGGAACAAGAGGAUGGUGGCGGAUGUUAUAACAUACCAAACUGGUCUCCCCUUAAGUAUGCAGGCUUGCAAGGAUUAAUGUCCGUGAUGGCAGACAUUAGACCAAAAAAUGAUUUGGGUCAUCCUUUUUGUGGUAAUUUGAGAUCUGGGGAUUGGAUGAUUGACUACGUCAGUGACCGUCUAAUUUCACGUGCAGGAGCCUGUGUAGAAGUCGGUAAAUGGUUGAAGGCCAUGUUCGUCUACCUAAAGCAGAUUCCACGUUAUCUUAUCCCAUGUUACUUUGAUGCCAUAUUAGUGGGUGCAUACACCACUCUUCUAGAUCUGGCAUGGAGUCAGAUGUCUAGCUUUGUUCAGAAUGGAUCAACAUUUGUUAAACACCUUUCCUUGGGUUCAGUCCAGAUGUGUGGGAUAGGAAAAUAUCCUUCUCUGCCAAAUCUGUCUCCUGCUUUACAUGAUGUCCCCUAUAGGAUGAAUGAAAUCACAAAAGAGAAAGAACAAUGCUGUGUUUCCUUAGCAGCUGGUUUACCACAUUUUUCAUCUGGCAUUUUCCGCUGCUGGGGAAGGGAUACCUUUAUUGCACUGAGAGGUCUAAUGUUGAUUACUGGGCGUUAUUUAGAAGCAAGGAACAUAAUUUUAGCAUUUGCUAGUACCAUGAGACAUGGUCUUAUUCCCAAUCUGCUUGGCCAAGGGACCCAUGCCAGAUUCAAUUGCCGUGAUGCUGUGUGGUGGUGGCUUCAGUGUAUACAGGAUUACUGUAAAAUUGUCCCAAAUGGCACAGACAUUCUCAAGUGUCCUGUUUCCAGAAUGUAUCCUACAGAUGAUUCUCCUGCUCAGCCUGCAGGCACAUUGGACCAACCACUGUAUGAAGUAAUACAGGAAGCUAUGCAACAACACAUGCAAGGCAUAGAAUUCCGAGAAAGGAAUGCUGGUCCACAGUUAGAUCGAAAUAUGCGGGAUGAAGGUUUUAAUGUGACUGUAGGUGUCGACCAUGAAACUGGUUUUGUCUUUGGAGGGAACCGCUUUAAUUGUGGCACAUGGAUGGAUAAAAUGGGGGAGAGUGAUAGAGCUCGCAACAAAGGAAUUCCAGCUACUCCAAGAGAUGGAUCUGCUGUGGAAAUUGUUGGCCUGUGUAAAUCAACUAUUCGUUGGCUGCUGGAGUUGUCAAAGAAAAAAGUGUUUCCUUAUCAGGGAGUCAACAUAAAAAGGCAUGGAAAAAAAGAAACCAUCACAUAUGACGAGUGGAACAGGAAGAUUCAAGGGCACUUUGAAAAGCUGUUCUUUGUCUCUGAGAACCCAGCAGAUGCUAAUGAAAAACAUCCAAAUCUGGUUCACAAGCGUGGCAUAUACAAGGACAGCUAUGGAGCUUCAAGUCCUUGGUGCGAUUACCAGCUCAGGCCAAAUUUUACUAUAGCAAUGGUUGUGGCCCCUGAGAUAUUCAGUCCUGAGAGAGCCUGGAAAGCUCUUGAGAUAGCAGAGGAAAAACUGCUUGGCCCACUGGGCAUGAAAACGUUGGAUCCAGAUGAUAUGGUUUACUGUGGAGUAUAUGAUAAUGCCCUGGACAGUGACCACUACAAUGUUGCCAAAGGUUUUAAUUACCAUCAGGGACCUGAAUGGCUCUGGCCUAUUGGAUAUUUCCUUCGUGCAAAGUUGUACUUUUCCAGGUUAAUUGGUCCAGAGAUGUACGCAAAGACUGUGGUUUUGAUUAAGAAUGUUCUCUCUCGCCAUUAUGUUCAUCUUGAGAGGUCAUCCUGGAAGGGGCUUCCAGAGCUGACAAAUGAAAAUGGGCAAUAUUGUCCAUUCAGCUGUGAAUCACAAGCCUGGUCAAUUGCUGUUAUCCUUGAGGUUCUUUAUGACUUGUAAAAGUUGGCUUUGAUUACUUGGUAAAAUUUGCUAUGUACUUGUAUUCAAAAGGUACAAAUGAACAGUUUGCUCAUACUGUAGUGAAAAUGUUUUGCACAGUCACUUAAAUAACUAUGGUCUGAUUUUUUUCAAAGGUGCUUAGUAUCUGUAUCUCCCAUUCACAGAAGAGGUAUUUAAGAGUGCUGCUCAGCACUUCUGUAAAUCAAGUCAUUAGUAUGAAUAUAUAUACACUUGAUACAGAAAAGCUUAUAAAGCAGCAACUUGGAGAAUGUACACAAAUGCAUUUAAAAUAGCUUUUGAUUUGUACGCAUACUAAAUUAAACUAUAUCCUGUAUAGCAAGAUGUUAGAAGAAUAGUCUAGUUCCAAAUUAGAAUAUGAAUGCCAAGUGGUUCCAAAAAUCUGAGUUUAAACUCAUGGGGUUCUCUUUUCCAUAUUUUCUCUUAGUCAGUAGAUGCUAUGCACGCUCAUCAUGGGGGAGAAUAGAUUGUACAGGUAUAGGUAGUAUGAUGUGUUUUCUGCCGCAGUCAUGCAUUUCAUAGAUUGCACUUUCAUUAGUGUUUUGUCCCUCUGUGAUGAACUGUGUGGCUUUUCCUAACAAUUUCUUCUCUUCCAUGUUCAAUUGAACACUCCAUUAAAAAAAUAAAGUUUUCACUCUUUACAGAUAA